UCACGGUCGGUGCAGUGCUUUUGCCGCUCUCUCCUCUCUCUCUCCUUCUUUCUUUCUAUCUUUCUUUCUUUCUUUCUUUCUCUCUGGCUUUUGCACCUAGCGCCUCUCCCUCUUCCUCCUCCCCUCGUGUCUCUUCCUCUUCCUCCUCCUCCUCCCCCCGCAUGCCUCAGCCUUGCACCUCUGGCCAAGCAUCCCGGCAAAUGGUCGCUCCAUCUUUCGGCAACUCUGGACGCAGGACACAGCGAGAAGGCGCACCGUUCUGCUCCCCUCUGAUCUGAGCACACUGCGGAUUGACUUGAAGGAGAGACAGACCAAAGCUCCGGGGGAAAACGAGGAGACGCCGGUCACAGUGGCCAGGAUCCCAUUUCGUGUCAGCAAUGCCAGUGCCAGAGCAGCCUGCAGAUCAGGAGAAGGGGGCCACGGUAGCCCCAGUGAUGCCAGCCUCCAAUGGGGACAGAUCUGAAACGGGGACGACCUCUUCCAUCCUUGCGUCGGUGAAAGAGCAGGAACUUCAGUUUGAGCGGCUGACCAGGGAGCUUGAGGCCGAGCGUCAGAUUGUUGCCACCCAGCUCGAGAGAUGCAAACUGGGAUCAGAGGCAGGAAGCAUGAGCAGCAUCAGUUCGACCGAUGAGCAGUUUCGCUGGAACACUCAAGCGGACGGACAGAAGGAUAUCGAGGACGAGUUGACGACAGGUUUGGAGUUGGUGGAUUCCUGCAUUCGCUCCUUACAGGAAUCAGGAAUACUUGACAGCGGUGAACGACCGGCUCUUCUUUCCCAGAGUUCCUUGCAGCUCAACUCCACCCCGGAGGCUUCGCUCCAGUACUCUGCCAGCUACCAUAGCAACCAGACCCUCGCCCUUAGUGACAGCAUCUCCGCAGCAACUCCUCAGCGCAGCGGGCAGGUUGGAGGAGCUGUGCACAGCUACAACCAGGUGACAUCAAGUCGUGCAGCCCAACCGCAACAAUCACAACCUGGUGCAGGAUCAGGUAUCUACUACUCCAGCUCCACCUUGCCUGCCCAGCGUGUCAGCUCCCCUCUGUCUGGAGGAGGAGGCUCAGGGUCUGGUUCCCCUAAUAAGCUCCAGCGCUUGGGAUCAUCCUCCGACUCACCAGGGUAUUCUACCACUCAACGCCUCCCUUCCUCUUCCUCCUCUCCAAACAAACAGCCUCCUAAUCGACUGGCCAAGUCAUACAGCACCACAGUUGCUGUGACAACAGCAGGAGGGGCGGGUUCUCCCCUGAGGGUGGCAUCUCCGCCCAGCUCAACAGCAGCAGGGGGAGGGGCCAGCUCAUCAUCAUCCCCUCUUCACCAGAUGAGUUCAGGCAUCGGGAGCUAUGCUACACUGUCUCCCAAAAGACUGGCCUCUCACCACGCCUCUGACCAGUACAAGAUCUCCCACGAGCUCUACGCUUCUGCUACACUGCAGAGACCAGGCAGUCUGGCAGGCUCUCGAGGCUCCUACAGUAGUCAGCACAGUCAGGAGCCCCUUCGGCCCUUGGGGUCCCCAGAGCACCACAUAGAUCCCAUCUAUGAAGAACGUGUCUACCACAACAAGGGCCCCAUGAGGAGCCUCAGCCAGGGCCAGGGGCCAGAUGCAGGCCCCUAUCGCAACAACACCGCACCCUCCUCCCCUGGUGUCGACUCCGCCCCUUUGCAGCGCACGGCAAGUCACAGCACCGGCUCGGGAAACUACAGCCGAGGUGGGACCAACAACUAUGCCACUGUGGGACCGGGCUACACCUCAAGUGGGGGUGGCGGAGGUGGAGACAUGUACGGCUCGGACCCCUUUGUGGCUGACCCUUACCGCACCCUGCAGUACUGUCCCUCAGUGGUUGAAUCCCCUUACAGCAAGUCGGGGCCAGCUUUGCCGCCUGAAGGCAGCCUGCAGCGCUCACCUUCUAUUGACUCCAUUCAGAAGGACCCAAGGGAAUUUGGGUGGAGAGAUCCGGAGCUGCCAGAGGUGAUCCAGAUGUUACAGCAUCAGUUCCCAUCAGUGCAAUCCAAUGCAGCAGCCUACCUACAGCAUCUCUGCUUCGGAGACAACAAGAUUAAAGCUGAGAUACGUAGACAGGGAGGCAUUCAGCUGCUGGUUGACUUACUGGACCACAGGAUGAGCGAAGUCCACCGCAGUGCCUGCGGUGCGUUAAGGAACUUGGUGUACGGCAAGGCCAACGAUGAGAAUAAAGUCGCUCUGAAGAACUGCGGGGGAAUUCCUGCCUUGGUCCGCCUACUGAGAAAGACCGGAGACGUGGAAGUCAGAGAGCUGGUCACAGGGGUGCUAUGGAACCUGUCAUCAUGUGACGCCCUGAAGAUGCCAAUAAUUCAGGACGCCCUGGCAGUUCUGACCAACAGUGUCAUCAUCCCCCACUCUAACUGGGACUCCUCCCCCAACCAUCAUGAGGACCGGAAGCUCCAUCUUCAUACCUCCCAGGUGCUGCGCAAUGCUACAGGCUGCCUCAGGAAUGUAAGCUCCGCGGGUGAGGAGGCAAGACGAAGAAUGAGGGAGUGUGACGGCCUGACAGAUGCUCUGCUCUUUGUCAUUCAGACCUCUCUGGGCAGCAACGAGAUCGACAGCAAGACUGUAGAAAACUGUGUUUGCAUCCUGAGAAACCUGUCGUAUCGCUUGGCUGCUGAGACGUCCCAUGGCCAGCAGGGGGGGUUGGAAGAGCUGGAUAGCCUCCUGUGGGACGCCAGCGGCCGCGAAGGUGAGAGCUCUGGCUGCUGGGGCAAGAAGAAGAAGAAAAAGAAGGGAGUUGACCAGUGGGAUGGUGUGGGCCCCUUUCCAGACAUGGCAGACCCUCCAAAAGGUGUGCAAAUGCUGUGGCACCCAACCAUCGUCAAGCCCUACCUCACCCUGCUGUCUGAAUGCUCAAAUCCCGACACUCUUGAGGGAGCAGCCGGAGCUCUGCAGAACCUGGCUGCAGGCAGUUGGAAGUGGUCGGUGUACAUCCGGGUUGCUGUGCGUAAGGAGAAAGGACUUCCCAUCCUGGUGGAGUUACUGAGGAUAGACAAUGACAAAGUGGUGUGUGCCGUGGCCACUGCUCUCCGAAAUAUGGCCCUGGACAUAAGGAACAAAGAGCUCAUCGGUAAAUAUGCAAUGAGAGAUUUGAUCCACCGGUUACCAGGCGGUAGUAGUAGCAGCAACAACAAUGCCACCAGCAGCGGGACCUCUGGAACCAUGGGCUCUCCCAGCAAGGCCAUGUCCGAUGACACUGUAACUGCCAUUUGCUGUGCACUGCAUGAAGUCAUCACCAAGAAUAUGGAGAAUGCCAAAGCGCUACGCGAUGCUGGCGGCAUCGAAAAACUCAUCGGCAUCGCCCGCAGUAAAGGAGACAAACACUCAGCAAAGGUGGUAAAGGCUGCCUCUCAGGUCCUCAGCAGUAUGUGGCAGUAUAGAGACCUACGCUCCCUCUACAAGAAGGAUGGAUACAGCCAGUAUCACUUUGUGGGUUCUGCCUCAACGAUAGAGAGAGACAGACAGAGGCCCUACUCCUCCUCUCGAACUCCCUCUGUCUCCCCCGUCAGGACGUCCCCAAAUAACCGCUCAGCAAGCGCUCCAGCCUCCCCCAGAGAGAUGAUGAGUCUGAAGGAACGUAAGCUCGACUACGAUUCCACGGCAACCAACGCUGGUUUCCAUAGCAACAAAGGAGAGCACACAUCCAGGAAAGACGGCAUGGCAGUUCAAGUUUCCUGUGGGACAUCUACGUUAUUCCGAAACUCUUACUUGACCACCAGUGAUGAUAUCAAGCCAAACCAGACUCCAGCCCAGCCCUGCGUUGUGCCUCCCCAACCCCAGCAGGACAGCCCAUCAGCAGCUGUGCUAAAAGACUACGACCCCUACCCCGCCCCUCCUUCCUUCCCUCAGCCUCAGCCGCCGCAGCCACCACCUCACAGCCAGAGCCGGAGCUUUGACGAGGCCUACUACGAGGACCAGGGACCGCCACCUCCUCAGUCUCAGCCACAGCCUCAGAUACAUGUGCAGGUGCAGCCCCAGCCUCAAGCCCAACCUCAGCAGCCUCCCAGCACCGGGCCGCCCCGGGACCCACGGGAAGACCUGCGAAUGCAUCUGGGCCUCAAAUCCACUGGCAAUUACGUAGACUUCUACUCGGCCUCUCGGCCAUACAGUGAACUGAACUAUGAGACCAGCCACUACCCGGCCUCUCCUGACUCCUGGGUCUAGUUAGACGAUGUAAAUGAUGGGGUGGGCCAAGAGAGAGUCUGUGUGUGUUUGUGUAAAAGGGAUUAUUUUUGCAAAUGAUUAGCAGCAGAUGAACUAAGGGUUACAGCAAUGGCUUGUUAUCUUGUAGCCGCUGGCUGGAAAUUAUGGUUCAUUGUCAUCCAAGGUAAAGGACAAGCGUUGGACUUGGUGAAGAAGUAAAGUCUGGUCCAGUGAUGAAGGGAGACUGUGCAUGUGCAUGCCAACAUUUUCCUUUUCUUUUUUUUAAGACCACUUAAUCUCUUCUAAGUCAGCUCCAUUGCGACGGUGAGUGGAUAAGGAGCAGGUGGGAGUAGAUAUGAGCAAGUGUGUUCAAAGUGUAAGUGAGGAGUGGGCUGGGGAAUAGAGGGAGAGCAGAGAGAGUACAGUGGCCUGGGGAGGAGGAGGAGGAGAGAAUGACGGGAUGAAGAAAUAAUGGGAAGAAGAUGACUACAUUGAAAGUGGCCUGACAUUUUUGAUUAAGUCGGAGAGGAAAAACCAAGAUGACAUGGGAGUUCUUGAGGAGGACCAGAAGAAUAAAAGCACAGAGAAAGAUGAAAGCACAUCAGGCACAAGACAAGAUGUGGAUGUUUACCAUUUCACCCAAGUGACAAACGUAGCACUGCUUUUAUUCCUCUUUUUUUUGUUCCGACAGCCUUGCUGCCUACAGUGACUUCACGAUUUGUUCUCAAGGAAUGUCAACAUCAAGACUUCUUUUUUUGUCGCCAUUCUUUUACAUCUUUUUUUUAUUUGUACUUUUUCUAAAUUUUCACUUUCAGAAGAAGCACUCUUAUUUUCUGUACAAAAAUUCAAAGGUGAUAUGGGGUGUGUAUAUUACACAUUUUUCUGAUGGGGGCCACUAAAGAAAAUAUCAUCUUUUUCCAUGACUGACUAUUUACUGAAACAAACAAAAAGCAACAAAAAUGAUUUAAAAUGCAAACACAGUGAGCAUAAAACAGAGACUGUCAGGAUGAAUCCCACUGGAAACCUUUUGUUUUGCCCUUCCCUAUCCUGAGAGGAAACCGUCCAAUAUUCAUGUUUUUCUUUCUCCGUCUGGUUCAUUUCGUUGCGGACAUGGCGAAAUGUCAAAAGCAGUUCAAGGCUGCCAGAGUAUCAGCCUGGCAGAGCAGCAUCGCUCCCAAGUCCUUGUCAACACAAGUUCUUGUUCACUGCCUAAAGAAUUUGGAAAGUGUCGUCUUUCGUGUUCAACCUCGAAUCAGUUUUCAAUCGUUUCUCAUCAUCAGGCGUCAAAUCUGGUCCAUCCAUUAAGACUUUGAUAAGUGUACACCUGAGUGUACAGUAAAAAUGACGGGAAAGAGGGAGAGGUGUAACAUUGUGCCAAACGUUGACACCUCCUGGACCAGUCCGAGAGGAAUUUAAAGGGACAUUUUCUCGACUUUUAAAGACAAUGACUGGAUGACUCACUCUGCUUUUUGUAACUUUUAAGUUCUUGUGUUUUGAUCAGGUGACGACAUACAUAUUGCUGGGGAUCAUGGGUAACAUCUCCCUCCCCUUAGAUGUACAGACCUGCCUCUCUGUGUUUGCUGAGCAUGUGUGGGCGUACAUGUGUGUGGACACGUGCGGGUGUGCGAGUGUGUGUGUGUGCGUGCGUGCGUGCGCGCGUUUGUGUACGUGUGCAUGUAUGUGACUGAAUGUAUGGCCCAUGUGUGUACACGUAAACUUGAGCGAGCGUAUCUAUGCAUGCAUGUGUGUAGUAGUGUGUGUAUGCCUCCGUUGCGUGUAUGUGUGUGUGCGUUUUUUCUGUAUAAAUCAGUGUCCAAACAAGGCAUUCCUACCAACAGUUUGUCCAGUUUUACAACAUGAAAAAGCAAGGUUAAAAUCACUAGAAUGGAUUGUUGAUAUAGAAUGACAAAUCUAUAAAUAUAUGAAUAUAAAUAUAAAUAUAUAUAUAAUUUUUAUGUGCAGAUGUCAUUGUCACUAAAUGCAACAAAUGUCCGCUGAGAAAAAAUGAUUAUGUGGUGUGCAACAGGACUCUUGUUCACUUGACCUUAACGUGGAAACUGCUAACUCCCCCCACCCCUACAACCCCACCUCCCUAACCCUUCAAUCAAGACAAAAGACAAAUACCACCUGAGGUUGCUCAGGCUCUGGUGCGAGUUGUGCGUUAUUGUGUGUCCAUGCUUCUUAGAUGACCGUGAUGAGAGAGGGCCGUACUUGAACACAAGGAUAAAUAAAGACUCUUUGCAAUCAAACUUAA